AUGGACAAAACCCUAGCCACCCAAAGAAGCACGAAGGAAAACCCCAAUCCAAUCUGCGACGAGAAAGCACCACCAUGCACCACAGACCCGCGCCCCACAACAGCAAAGGCUCCAGCAAACAACCCACGUGCCAGCCCACAGAAACCACCACAACCACACACGAAAAAACCAACCAGAACCGCAAUCGACCAGACGAAGCAAGCCACGAGAAACCCCAGAAACCCGCCCAAAGAAAACACCCAGCGCAAACCCCAACCCCCAAAACCCUCGCACCGAAAGCAAGGCACAAAAGAACAGCUAGACCAGGCCGCGAACAACACAACCAUCCCCCACAAGUCCAAAGACAAAAGCACGCCCGAGGAAAGCACAAACACCCCGCCGGAAACCCACUCCACACAGACCACCUACUUCCACCCAACGACCACCCACACCAAGCCCACAAAGGGCACCCAACCAACAUCCCACAGACGGAAAACCCACAACACAGCGAAUCAGACCGACAAAAAAAACCAGGCAGCGCCGAAAAACAAAACCAACAACAUCCCGCGAUGCGAGAAGGGAACGGCAGCCGGAAGUCAGGAAGAACAGAAGCUAACACCGACCGGAAAAAACAUAACAAGAAAGAGAGGGACCAAGCACAGCAAAAGAAGUGACGCCAACGAAACUAUCAAGCCGACGCCCACCGCACAAACUAACACAAACCAAUAUGCAACAAGCGAACAAAAAACUACGACCCCGCACCACAAGGCAACCAAAAUCAAAAACCAAAACCACCAUGCCGAGAGCAUGCCUCCAAAAGACGCCUUCAAGAUGCGCGAGACCGAAAGAAUUGGCCCAACAAACAAAAAACACAGCCCCAACAAGCGGAAGCCACAAACCGCACUAUACCUACCCAAGAAAACACAAACACAACCACAGCACAACGAAGCCCAGCAUCAAGCCAUCCAAAAUGAACACCGGAAGCAAAAACCUGACCUCGCAACCAAAGAACCCACAUACUGA